UGAUAACAAUAAGAAUCUUCAAAAUUUCGAUGCGUGCUCGAAUAGAGGAAGCCGAGUGUUUACUUACAACACUUUUUCAAUGUAGUACCAGCGAUAAGUACCAGUAAUGGCCACCAUGUGUAUUCAGUCGAUUUCGGUGGUCGAUUCCAUCAGAAUUCACGUUUUGUCGAUCAUUUUUGGUGUUUGGGUCAUUUGUAAAAGACUGCUCAAGUGGAUUUGGGAUCCGAAGAGAUUGAACAGCCAUCAACUACGAGACAGUCCACCGUCUUGCCUCUUGGAUUCAUCCUUAGGACAACAUAAGUACGUCAAGUUGAAGGGAAUAAAACUACAUUAUGUGGAAGCAGGACAACGGGAUCAACCACUGAUACUCCUGUUACAUGGCUUCCCGGAUUGCUGGCUCAGCUGGCGCUACCAACUACCUGCUCUUAGCCAGCAUUUCAGAGUUGUAGCCUUAGAUCUCAAAGGCUUUGGAGAUUCAGAUAAACCAGCAUGGCGAAGCAGCUACAGGAUCCAAAUAAUCCUUGAGGAAAUCAAGGAUUUUAUCCACGCGCUAGGCGUCAGUGAAUGUGAUUUGAUUGGACACGAUUUGGGUGGUUUAAUAGGUUGGUAUUUAGUUCACCAACAUCCAGGUUUAGUGAAGAAAUUUAUAGCGGUUUCUUGUCCUCAUCCCAACGUCUACUGGAAGAAUUUGAUUAGUGCUAGUAAGGUGGCCUAUCAAUGGCUAAAUUUUGUCCAAAUUCCCUAUUUACCAGAAAUCGAUGCUCUUAAAGAAGAUGUUAAGAUUAUCAAUCAGUACCACAAGCAUCUUCCACAAAACGAUAUAUACCUAGAAGCUUAUAAAUACGUCUUUUCACGGCAAGAAGACUGGACUGGGCCCAUAAACUACUACAGAAAUCUUCCAUUUCUUAAAGUCCAAGAAAAUGGCGCAGAGAUAACAAAUACAGUUGUACUAAUUACUGGAGCAAAAGAUCAUUUGGUAAAAUUAGAAGGCAUAGUGGAUUCUACCGAGUACUGUGAGAAGUUCUUCAUGAAAAUAAUACAAAAUGCUGGGCAUUUUCCCCACCAAGAAAACCCUAGUAGUUUCAAUAGGACUAUAUUGAAAUAUUUAGUUGACAAAAGUGAGUUGAAAAUCGAUAAAGACCUUGAGGGAUCGAGGAAAAAUCUCAUGAAAGGUAUUCUAGGAGCUGUGACUAAUACAGUGAAGUAUGGAAACUCUGUGUUUGAUUCAGUUCACAAACGGACCACAAAUGUCGUGAGUAGUAUACCAACGAUGGGUUUGUCUUUAAAUUAUAUGCACAGCAAUGGAGAAUAGUAGCCUUAUGAUUUAUUUUCUAAAAAGCGUCGUGUCAUAGAAAUUCUUCUUUUUAAGAAGGGUGCGCAAGUUUGUCGGUUGUUUUAGAUUUUUCAGGUACUUAGACACUUUUAGGUAAUAAACUACAGCCACUUUCAAACUAAAUAUAUCUUAGUUUAGAACAUAUAUUGCUGUUAAUUUUCCAGAAAAUACUGAAUGUAUAGAAAAUUAUGAAGUCGAGAUUAAACCAUGUAUAUGUUAAAGUAAUCGUAUUUACCAUGGUUUUGUAUUAUUUGUAAUAUUUUCAGUUUUAUAUCUGUUUUUGUAUAUUGUUUUGUAUCUUAUGUAUAUUUGGACACAGCUCUCUCCUUGUCUCUUUGAAUGGUCUCUACGCAGUUGAUACGUUCAUCCAUCCUUGUUCCAACAUUUUCUUCAGCACUAUCAUCCCGUCUGAUCCAAAGACUUUCUCUUUCUCUCUUGUGUUCCCAUGAGUUUCCAAUUUAUCUGUCUAUUGCAUCUCCUAACAGAUUGUCGAAGUUUUUUCUAGUAUAAGAAGAUGUAGGUUUCUUUUCUAUAAUAAUGUAGGUUUCUAAUAUAUACCAUUUUCUCUCAUUCAUGAUCAAUAUUUACUGUUUCUGCCUCAAAUUUGAGAUCACUAAGAAAUGGUCCGAGUCUGUGUUGCUAUGAGUAGGUACUGCAAUUCAUUACUUCUGACCCGUGUUUAAAUAUUUUUUGAUGUGAUCAAUUGAUUUGUUUUUUUUUUUUCGUCACAGGAGAUCCAGAUUGCAUUGUGGAUGUUCAAAAUAGGUGUUUCUUUUUUUCUUCUCUGAUAGCGACUAUCAGGUUUAGUGCUGCUGCACUAUUAAGUUAAACAGGGAUUAUCGCAACCAUUGUCGCUAAAUGGGGACAUCUAUAGACUUGUUCUAGAAGGUGAUUCUGUGUUCUCUUCUUCUUCUUCUUCUUCGUGUGACUAGGAUUACUCCUGUUUAUCUGCCUCUUAUUCUGAUUCACUUGUUGUUGACUGUACAUUCUCUUUCCAGCUUUUCGGCGGCCUUGCAACGGGUCUUCUGCUAUACAGUUUGUUGUUUUACAGAUGUUCGCUAAUCUAUCUGGUCCCAUUCGGUUUACAUGUUCGUUCCAGUUUUUUUUCUUGUUUUUAUCCACCUGUUAAUAUUUUAAAUUUUGCAUUGUUCACGUAUACUUCUGUUGCUUUGUCUCUAUCUUAAUGUUAUCCCGGUAUUGAUCUUAUUACUUUCAAUUCGAUAUGGUUGAUUUGUUGUUUCGUCGUUCUAUUAUCGGUAAUAUAUCUUCUCUGCAUAUGUUAGGAUAGUCUUACUGUUGUCUUGUAUACUUUCAUUUUGCUUUCCGUGGUCAGAUAUUUGUUUCUCCAUAAUAUGGUUUCUCUGAGGCAACCACUUACUCCUGCUGCUUUUGCUACUUGCCUUGUGGUCUCUGUUCUAAUAUUCCUGUCAGUAGUGAUCUCUACUCCUAGGUAAUUGAAUAUCAUUACUUGUUCUUGUGUCUUCUCUUAAUUUGUUUUUAGUCUUCGAUCAGUGGUCUUCUUUGGUUUUUAGUCAAAGCAAGUACAUGCUCGUUGGCUGUAGGUUUUAAAAUUAAUUACAAGGCCACUCCAUCUAUGUAUUGACUAUGCAUUCAAUACAGCUGUAUCUAAUACAUGAUAGAUUCUAUUUUUUCAAGGGAACCAUUUCCCUAUAUACCUGUAGUUCCCAUACCUUAGCCCGCAGUUUUAAUUUUAUCAGAACCUCCGAUGGAAACCAGUAGCGUAUAACUAGGAAGGUUUUGGGGGUUGUAACCUCCCCCCUCUCCAUUGGGAUGUACUUUGACCUCCAUACGCUUAACACCAUUACUAUUCCAUACCCCCUAGCGACCCUCGAGUAGUUGUAACCCCCCUCCCCUUAGGAUUAUCCUGGUGACGCCGUUGCUGGGAACUCGAUUUCGCCCAUCCCGUCUUUGGUGGCUACUGCCACCAAGACCUUGACCUGUUCCCUAACUUUAACCUUUAUUCGUCCAGGCAAUGGCAGAACUUUUAUUUUAUACAAAAAUAAAAUAUUCUGUAUAUCACUUAAAUAUCAAUUAAAUAAGAUUGUGGUCAAUUCCCAAUAAAGAUAUUUUAUUUUCCCAUUUUGUGUUUGAAUUAUUUUCAUUGAGUUUCUUCACUUUAGCUUUCUGAAUUUUGUUUUGUGCCUCUAUGUUUUUCUUAAUAAUUUCAUUUAUCUCCAUGGCCUUCCUUUUGAUCUUGAGCCCUGCUAUCUAGGACUCUUUUCGGCAAUCUUUCUGUCUACAUUCUCACUACAUGACCAGCCUAUCGAAGUCUUUGAAGUUUAACGAAUUCUGAGAUCAGUGCUUCUUUGAACAGUUGGUAGAGUUCAUGGUUGUACCUGGAUAACCAUAUUCUGUUUUCAUUAAUCCAAAUAUCUUCCUUAUUACUUUUCUUUCAAAGACUUAUUUUCGAUCUCCAGUGGGUGUUUUUAGAGCGGCAUCCAUGGGCGAGCAAAAAAUAAGCUUUAUUAUCCUUGUCUGAAUUUCUGGUUCCUUUGUUCCAUUCGUGUUUAAUGCAACUACCAAAUAUGUGAAACUUUUUGAAAUUUGAAUAUCGGCCUUUAGUCAACUGUGCGUCUGCGUCCCCUUAUUCUUGCCUGUGUUAGUUUUUUUGUCUGUUGAAUAUUUAUUCCUAUUCCGGUCUGUUUUGCCCCUGUUUUUAAUUGUGAUAAUAUAUCUGCCACCUUCUUUGUUCUGCGAGACAUAAUUCUGAUGUCGUCGGCAUAGGCGAUAAUCUGUAUUGAUUUAAUUGUUAGGAGAUUAGCUCUUCCUAUAUUCAACUGUCUUAUCACAUAUCUGAGAGCUAGGUUGAAUAGUGUCAGCCAGUCUCCUUGCUUUAAUCCUUUGACUAUUGAGAAGGUCCUUUAUAGUAUUUUCUAAUAUGUUUCCUUUUCUUAUCCACGCAGUGUGUUUGUUUUUUCUUUGUAUUUGUCUCGAUUUUAUUUUUUGUUUUGAUUCUAAGCAGUGAUAUUAUUUGCUUUAUUUAUUCUUUAAUUGUUUCUUCACUCCUAGUUCCUAAUUCAUAGUAUAAAAAGUUUUUAAAUGAUUAAAAACACUAAUUAAAAUAACUUUAUCUAUAUUAUAGAUAAUCAUCUCUUGAGUCCAUAAACUAAACGCAGAUUAUAUACACUUAAUUAUUGAUUAUGUUACAAAGUACCCCAAUUAUUAUGAAGUUUGCAAAUUUGCCUCUGUUACGCUGAAACAAUCGGAAACUCAGCAUUCGUUGUGUGGCAUAUCUGUCAAGUGUUACUUACUGUUAUCUAAUAAUAACUUACUUAUUCACCACCAAAACUGCUAAAAAGGUUCUUUUAAUCUUUGAGCGACUUCACAAUAAUGAGCGUUUGUUUAUCGUUUUUGUAGCUGUAUAGUUGCCAUCAAAUUAUUGCAGAAAACCUUAAUCUUAUGCUUAUUACAAAGUCAUUUGCAUUUGAGUAGUGUGUUUAAGUUUCCGGCACAGGUAGAAAGAAAUAAAUGUUAAUUUAUUAUUAUGAAUAACCUACUGUUCAGUUUAUUUACCUCUCGAAAAGACACCACUCAAGUACAAAUGACUUUCUAAUAGGAUUGAAAUAUGGUUGGCUGCAAUAAUUUGUUGGGAACUAUACCCUCCUAAUUACCAAUAUCUUUAUACUCAGUCUGACAGUAAUUAGGAUGUGAGGAUAUAGUAUUCAAAAUAUCAUUUAUUGACAAAUUUGAAGACUGAAUUUUAUUGUAAGCCUAGUAUAUGUCUCGAAUUGAGCCAAAAAGAUAUUUAUGGUAUAGUUUUUUUUUUUAUUGUAACACCAAAAAUAUUUUGGACAAAAAUUAGUGUACCUGUUUGUUUUUUUAUUGUACAUAUAUAAAAUUAUUUUAUUAUAAA